AUGUCAUGGCUUCUAAAGAAGAUCGUUCAUAAUGAGGCAAUGAAGGAGGAUCCUAAGGAGAUCUAUGGGUGGAGGGUCUUAAUGCUUGCCGGCUCGGCAUGUUUCGGCGGAAUGCUUUUUGGAAUGGACUCCGGUACCAUCGGCGGAGUAUUAACUAUGCCAGGAUUCAAGAAGACAUACGGCCUGGAGGAUCUUUCCAAAGUCGCGGCAGCAAAUCUUUCGGCCAAUAUCGUCUCCACGCUCCAAGCAGGAUGUUUCUUUGGAGCUCUAGUUGCCUCUCCGAUAGCAGAAAAAUGGGGUAGACGGCUUUCCCUAAUGGGCACAGCGGUGGUAGCUGCACUCGGAAUUGUCUUACAAACUGCAGCCAGCGGACACAUCGAAGCCAUGUAUAUCGGACGACUGAUAACUGGCUUCGGGGUCGGCGCCGCAUCCAUGAUCAACCCACUCUACAUCGCUGAGAACGCGCCGCGCGCAGUCCGCGGUGGUCUCACAGGCCUAUACCAGCUCUUCAUUACAAUGGGCAUCAUGCUCGCAUUCUGGAUCAACUAUGGCUCGCUGCUCGACAUCGAGGGCCCCGCAAUGUACGUUGUUCCACUGGCAAUGCAAGGUCUCCCCGCAGUGCUCCUGGUCUUUGGUAUGUUGAUGUGCAACGAAUCCCCCCGCUGGUUGGCCGAACAAGACCGGUGGGAAGAAGCCCGCGCGACUCUCUCCACAGUGCGUAAUCUGCCCUCUGAUCACCCAUACGUAGAAGAGGAGUUCGCGGCCAUUGCCACGCAGUUGGAACAGGAGCGCGCACUUGUCGCUGGGUCCGGCUUUUGGGACUUGAUGAAAGAGAUGUGGCUUAUUCCGGGUAAUCGCCAACGCGCGAUUAUCUCGAUCGUCUUGAUGAUUUGCCAGCAGAUGACUGGAACCAAUGCGAUCAACUACUAUGCGCCCCAAAUCUUUGAAAACCUCGGCGUAACUGGCAAUGCAACCAACCUCUUCGCAACUGGCGUCUACGGCAUCGUUAAGAUGAUCAGCUGUGGCGUGUUCUUAAUCUUUGUAGCGGACUCGCUCGGCCGACGCCGCUCCCUCCUGUGGACCUCGAUCGCGCAGGGCUUGACAAUGAUGUACAUCGGACUGUAUGUGCGCAUUGCGCCACCAGUGGAGGGCGCGCCCGUCAUUCCGGCCGGGUAUGUUGCGCUCGUGUGCAUUUUCCUCUUUGCGGCAUUUUUCCAAUUUGGAUGGGGACCCGUCUGCUGGAUUUACGUCUCCGAGAUCCCCACUGCCAGGUUGCGCUCACUGAAUGUUUCUUUGGGAGCUGCUACGCAGUGGCUGUUUAAUUUUGUUGUGGCCAGGGCUGUGCCAAAUAUGUUGGCUACGGUUGGUGAUAAUGGCUAUGGAACGUAUCUUAUCUUCUCGUGCUUCUGCUUCUCCAUGUGUGUGUUUGUGUGGUUCUUUCUUCCGGAAACCAAGGGAUUGUCCCUCGAGAAAAUGGAUGAGCUCUUUGGAGUUUCGCAGCUGCUUGAGCAUAAGCAUGCUGGCGAGGAGCGAACCUCUAUUGGCGAUGGAGUGGAUAAGUCGUCCGAGGUGCAUGUUGAGUGA